AUGGCCCGCAGUGGAAUCGCACAGCAGUCGCCAGCCAAGGCACCGCGUCUAAGUGACGGUCAGAAGAAGGCACUACUAAAUUCACUCAGGUUCGGCCAAAUCGAUGCUCGCCAGAUGUCCAUCAAAGCUGCACAUCAUAAAACGUGCGAAUGGCUCCUGAAACAGUCGGAAUAUCUCGACUGGCUUGAUAUUCGGAGGCUUCCCGAUCACCAUGGCUUUCUGUGGAUCAAGGGAAAGCCCGGCGCUGGGAAGUCGACGCUGAUGAAAUUCGCCCUUGCCAAUUCUCGAAGGUUUAUGAGGGACACAACCGUUAUCUCCUUCUUCUUCAACGCCCGAGGGACUACCCUAGAGAAGUCGACGAUCGGGAUGUACCGGUCAUUGCUUCUACAGAUCCUUGAACAGCUACCGAAACUUCAGGACGUUUUUGAGUCAGUCGGGUUUGCAAAUUGGAAUAUCAGUAGCGGUCAUAGUUGGAGUAUUGAGUCACUGAAGGAUCUGUUUCAACAAACUGUUCAGUCACUCGGCCAGGGCGUUGUGACGUGUUUCAUCGAUGCGCUGGAUGAGUGUGACGAAGAUCAGAUUCGUGAUAUGGUGGCAUUUUUUCAGCACCUCGGAGCCAUUUCUGUCCCAGCAGGAAUCCGGUUCCAAGUCUGCUUUUCAAGCCGACAUUACCCUCACAUCACAAUCUCUCAAGGGCUUAGCUUAGUCCUCGAGGGCCAGGAGGGACAUAACCAGGAUAUCACUGACUAUGUUGACAGCGAGUUGAAAAUCGGCCAGACUGCACUUGCGAGGAAAAUUAAAGAUGACCUGCGAGAAAAAUCAUCUGGAGUUUUCAUGUGGGUUGUUCUGGUAGUUGGGAUGCUCAACAAGGAGCAUGAUGCGGGCCAGCCUGCACGCCGUCUCCAGCAAAAGCUUAACAUGAUCCCUGGUGAUCUCCACGAGCUUUUCCGAGAUAUUCUAACGCGAGAUGGUUCUCGAAACAGAGAGGACCUACUUCUUUGUAUUCAAUGGGUUCUCUUUGCCCGCGAACCACUUACGCCGGAACAGCUAUACUUUGCCAUUCUCUCGGGGACCGAACCCGAGGAUAUGCUGGCGUGGGAUCCAGAUGAAACGACUAUGGACACGGUUAAAAGGUUCAUUCUCAAUUCGUCAAAGGGACUCGCUGAAGUCACGACAUUCAUUAUACCGACAGUCCAGUUUAUCCACGAAUCGGUGCGAGACUUCCUUCUGAAGGAGAAUGGCCUGGACGAAGUGUGGUCAGAUCUGGGGAAGAACUUUGCAGGCCAAAGUCACGACCGGCUGAAGCAGUGCUGCUUCAGGUACAUAAACGUCUACGUCGAAGCCUGCCUAGACAUCGGAGACCCGCUUCCCAGGGCAUUUUCCACUGCAGACGCAAGUCAUUCAGAACUUGGCCUACCUGCCCUUAUUGACAUCUACGGAAAUGUCAAAAAUGGCUUUGUCGUUGAGAAUGAGCACUACGGAACCCCGAUUUUUGCUGCGUUGGCCCAUGGAAAUCAUUUAGCAGUUGCCAGGAUAUUAGAAGGUCUAGCCGGCACCGACAAACAUUUAUCUUCACUUUGCACCCAAUGGAAAUUUGACCCUCGGGAACUCUCUGCUUUUCGCAACUUUACCUUUGCUCAGCGCCGGCCUGUUCUUUCAUACCUAGCAGAGAAAGGUGCUGAGAUACUAUUGGCUUUUGCUCUGGCAAUGGACCAGGUCGACGCUGAUGUGAAGGAUGAGAGCGGCCGAACGCCACUUAGCUGGGCUGCCUCGAGCGGCCAUGGACACAUUGUUAAGGUCCUUCUUGCCACAGGCCAGGUCGAUGCCGAUUCAAAGGAUAACAACGGCCGAACGCCACUUAGCUGGACUUGUUCGAGCAGCAAUAGACACAUUACUAAGGUCCUUCUUGCCACAGGCCUGGUUAAUGCCAAUUCAAAGGAUAACAACGGCCAGACACCAUUUAGCUGGGCUGCUAGACGCGGCCAUGAAGCCGCCAUCAAGGCCCUUCUUUCCACUGGCCAAGUCGAUGUCAACUCGAAGGAUAACAACGGCCAAGUUCCACUUAGCUGGGCUGCUAAACAUGGCCAUGAAGCCACUGUCAAGGUCCUUCUUGCCAUAAGCCAGGUUGAUGCCGAUUCAAAGGAUAACAACGGCCGAACGCCACUUAGCUGGGCUGCUUCACAUGGCCGUGAAGCCACUGUCAAGGUCCUUCUUGCCACAGACCAGGUUGAUGCCGAUUCAAAGGACAACAACGGCCGAACGCCACUUAGCUGGGCUGCUUCGAGCGGCCAUGGACACAUUGUUAAGGUCCUUCUUGCCACAGGCCAAGUCGAUGCCAACUCAAAGGAUAACAACGGCCGAGUUCCACUUAGCUGGGCUGCUAAACAUGGCCAUAAAGCCGCUGUCAAUGUCCUUCUUGCCACAGGCCAGGUCGAUGCUAACUUAAAAGGAUAA